AGCGGAAGGCGUGGCCUCGGUUCCGGAACGGGCUCCACCGGGCUGGGGAGAGUAACCGCUGCAGCCGCACCAUGGCGUCGGUCGGGACCCUCGCCUUCGACGAAUAUGGGCGCCCUUUCCUCAUCAUCAAGGAUCAGGAUCGCAAGUCUCGUCUUAUGGGACUUGAGGCCCUCAAGUCUCAUAUCAUGGCAGCAAAGGCUGUAGCAAAUACAAUGAGAACAUCACUUGGACCAAAUGGACUUGAUAAAAUGAUGGUGGACAAAGAUGGCGACGUGACGGUGACUAACGAUGGUGCUACCAUUUUAAGCAUGAUGGACGUCGAUCACCAGAUUGCCAAGCUGAUGGUCGAACUGUCCAAAUCCCAGGACGAUGAAAUCGGAGAUGGGACCACCGGAGUCGUUGUCCUGGCCGGCGCCCUGCUGGAGGAGGCGGAGCAGCUGCUGGACCGCGGCAUUCACCCCAUCCGGAUCGCUGACGGCUACGAGCAGGCUGCCCGCAUCGCUAUCGAGCACCUGGACAAGAUCAGCGAUAGUGUCCUCGUUGACAUGAAGGACACAGAGCCCCUGAUUCAGACAGCAAAGACCACGCUGGGCUCCAAAGUGGUUAACAGCUGUCACCGGCAGAUGGCGGAGAUCGCCGUGAACGCGGUCCUCACCGUAGCAGACAUGCAGCGGCGAGACGUCGACUUUGAGCUCAUCAAAGUGGAAGGCAAAGUGGGCGGGAGGCUGGAGGACACAAAACUUAUAAAGGGCGUGAUUGUGGACAAGGAUUUCAGCCACCCACAGAUGCCAAAACUAGUGGAAAACGCCAAGAUUGCAAUCCUCACGUGUCCGUUUGAACCACCAAAACCAAAGACCAAGCAUAAGCUGGACGUGACGUCUGUAGAAGAUUAUAAGGCCCUUCAGAAAUACGAAAAAGAGAAGUUUGAAGAGAUGAUUCAGCAAAUAAAAGAAACGGGCGCUAACUUAGCCAUCUGCCAGUGGGGCUUCGACGACGAAGCCAAUCAUUUACUUCUUCAGAAUAACUUGCCUGCAGUUCGUUGGGUCGGAGGACCAGAAAUAGAGCUGAUCGCCAUCGCGACGGGAGGGCGGAUCGUGCCUCGGUUCUCGGAGCUCACCGCUGAGAAGCUGGGCUUCGCUGGGCUUGUGAAGGAGAUCUCCUUCGGGACGACUAAGGACAAGAUGCUGGUCAUCGAGCAGUGUAAGAACUCCAGGGCUGUGACCAUUUUCAUCAGAGGAGGAAACAAGAUGAUCAUCGAGGAGGCCAAGCGCUCCCUUCAUGAUGCUCUGUGCGUCAUCCGGAACCUCAUCCGGGAUAAUCGUGUCGUGUAUGGCGGUGGCGCUGCUGAAAUCGCCUGUGCUUUGGCGGUCAGCCAGGAGGCGGACAAGUGCCCGACCUUGGAGCAGUACGCCAUGCGGGCGUUCGCCGAUGCGCUGGAGGUCAUCCCCAUGGCCCUUGCUGAAAACAGCGGCAUGAAUCCCAUCCAGACCAUGACCGAAGUGCGUGCCAGACAAGUGAAGGAGGCAAACCCCGCGCUCGGGAUCGACUGUUUGCACAAGGGAACAAACGAUAUGAAGCAGCAGCACGUCAUAGAAACUUUGAUCGGUAAAAAGCAGCAGAUCUCUCUUGCGACACAAAUGGUUAGAAUGAUUCUGAAGAUCGAUGACAUCCGGAAGCCGGGAGAGUCUGAAGAAUAAAGAAAAAGCGGAGAGAGAGUCUGAAGAAUAAAGAAAAAGCGGAGAGUAAAUGUAGCAGUAGAGCCACUGUUGUGAUUAAAUAAAGGGCGUCUUGUGAUGCGUCUGCAGUUAUUUAUUACUGUCUCUUCCAGACACUGUAGACGCUGCAAUAAAAAGUGCUGUUUGGUAA